UUGGCUGCGGUUUUAUGACUGAUCAUACCAAAAAUAAAUAAAACAAAAACUGAAAACGGGUAGGAUGCAAGAGAAGGAAAGUUUCUGCGGCAAUCGGCGGCAUGCCGUUCAACCGCACGAUCAGUAAGUGCGUGGUUUCGGCGAGUGACAGUUGAGCAGAUCGGGACAAAUUUUGACGACAACAUUGGCGACUUUCACGCGGUGACCACGCAGAGAAUACUCAUUUGGUGCAUACAAAUGAUAACCUCCGUUGUGCCCUAAAACGCCGGUGUAGUGUAAUAUGUAAAAGGCAUCUGUUGCUUUUUUUUUCACUUUCCGAUUAGGACCGUUUGCGCGUAGGUUCGUUAAAGCCCUAACGGAGUGAACCGGUGCUGCAUAAGUAACAUUGCUGUAUCUACACGCUUAAAUCUUUUGUGCGAGAGUGGAUGAGGAAAAACCGGGCGGCGGUUUCACUUUCAUUGGAAAACACUGUGCGGCGAGGGACGAACGGAAAGCGUUGUGAAGAAGGUGGUGGUGAAGAUUGAAUGUGUCCCCGGGAGAAUCGAUAAUGAUAAAUUAUUGGAAGGCAUUCAUCCGGAUAAACGAAACGACUUUGAUUCCGCGAGUACGCGUGUACCAUUUUCCGGCCAGCAGAAGAUCAUCGAACUGUCUGUGAUGCGAUGUUUCAGGAAGAGGAAUUGGUAAAUUUAGCAGCCUUCUGUUCAAGAUAAAAAAUGGGUUUCUUGGUUAAUCGUUCGCGAGUGCUCGACUUACGGUGGUCGCUAGUGGCAUUUCUGGUGGUGUUCGUUGGACUGGUCAAUUGUGAUGGGAUAAAAUUGCCCGACCAAACGGAUGCAGCUCUGGCGAAGCCGGUUUUCGAAAAUUAUUCGGAACCAGGAAUACCACCACCGGCGGUUGGAGAGGGUCGUCGCCAGGGAAAACAUUUGCUUGACUUCAUCGGUCUUGGAACGGGUGCAAACGUCGAUCCUUACCUCGCCCGGACCAACGCACAGUGUUUGAAUGGAGACCUCGCCGAUUGUUUCAAAUCACAGGCGCUCAAUACCUUCACUGAGUUUUUCGCCAGAGAUGAGUAUCAAUUAACCACCGACGCCCGACUCAUCCGUCUUCCCGAACCCCAGGUGCGCUCGCUGCAGUACGAAGGAUUCGAAUACUCCGAGGAGCCCCGCCAGCUGGACUCCGAAUGGGAUCAGCUGUACAAAUUCGCCCUUCGUCAGCUGGAACGCUUUGUGAAGUCGGCAGCACUCGAGUUUCAAAUACCGGACGAGAUCACCGAGGGUGGCCGCUACUCGGCGCGCUUCAUCGAUGAAAUCUCCGACGAAAUCGACGUUAUCGAGGACAAGAAAGCACCACUCUUCAAGCGCCAUCGGCUGAAGAAGAUCUUCAUCCCGCUGCUAAUUAUCCUAAAAAUCUUCAAGCUCAAGCUAUUGCUGUUCCUACCGCUGAUUUUGGGACUUGUUAGUUUCAAGAAACUUCUUGGCUUCGCUGCCAUCAUCAUACCCGGUAUCAUCGGAUACCUGAAAGUGUUCCGGCCAAACCAGAGCUGCUGCAAUAACGAAAUAUUCUCCAGUGGUUACCAACCCCAGUAUUCGCCUCAGGGUGUCGGAUCGGUCGGCGUUGGCUACAACCCGUUCAAGCCCUUCCAGCAUCAGUACUCGCGACCCGAACCGAACUUUGCUGCUCCCUAUGGUAACUACUAUCGGGACACGGUUGAUCUCAAGAAUAGCGGUGGUGGCGGCGGCGGCGGCGUGAAAUUUGGCGACGAUCAAGCCUACCAGGGUUACUCCGAGUACCGAAGCAGCAACAAAGAUGUCAACGCGGAAAACUAACGGCCGCCAACCGUGCUGAAAGUGUUGUGAAAUUAUUUGUCCAUACGCUUCGAAAGUGGGAGUGUGGGUGAAGAUUCCCAGUAGGGUGUUAAAAAGUAGGUUUUAGUUUGUUUUAGGUCCCGAUGGCGUGGAAAGUGUGGUCUGUGGAAAUAUUGUUGCAUGGCUGAACGAGUGCGGUUAUAUAUUUGUACGUGUGGUUAUAAUAUACCUGCAGUGAGCAGAAUAGGAAUAGUGUAAAUAUUUGAAUAGAUAAUU